AUGCUUCCAAAUCUAACAUCAAUAACUUCUAAAGGAUAUAGUUUCUAUUCUCCUCGUGUAGUGACAUUGGAAAGUAUUUCUGAAUAUUGA